AUGGCCCCCAUACAGACCCUCAUCUUCUUGGACCUGGAGGCCACUGGCCUACCCUUCUCCCAGCCCAAGGUUACAGAGUUGUGCCUGCUGGCCAUCCACAGAUGUGCUCUGGAGAGCCCACCCACUCCUCGGGGGCCACCUCCCACAGUGCCCCCACCCCCGCGUGUGGUGGACAAGCUCUCCCUGUGUGUGGCUCCCGGGAAAGCCUGUAACCCUGCAGCCAGCGAGAUCACUGGGCUGAACACAGAUUUGCUAGCAGCACAUGGGCGUCAACUCUUCGAUACCAACCUGGCCAACAUGCUCCAGGCUUUUCUGCAGCGCCAGCCACAGCCCUGGUGCCUCGUGGCACACAACGGGGAUCGAUAUGACUUUCCCCUGCUCCAAGCAGAGCUGGCUACUCUGGGCCUUUCCAGUGUUCUGGACGACGCCUUCUGUGUAGACAGCAUCACAGCCCUGAAGGCCCUGGAACAAGCAGGCAGGCCUUCAGAGCACGGACCGAGGAAGAGCUACAGCUUGGGCAGCAUUUACACACGCCUGUAUGGGCAGGAACCACCAGACUCACAUACGGCUGAAGGGGACGUGUUAGCCCUGCUCAGCAUCUGUCAGUGGCAGCCACAGGCCCUGCUGCGAUGGGUGGAUGUUCAUGCCAAACCCUUCAGCACUGUCAAGCCAAUGUAUGAGGUGGUCCCCACCUUGGCUGAUUCCAAUCCAAGGCCGUAUACUGCUGUAGUGCCCACAUCCCUGAGAAGAGUCAGGGACCCCAAUCCCAACCUUAGGGGAGGCAGGCAGCCCAAUGCCCCUCCUGCGGUGCAGGGCCCUGGAGCUCCACCCAAGGAUGGCCUGCUAGUCCCACUAAGCCUGCUGGCCUUCCUGACCCUGGCAAUAGCCACACUGUAUGGGCUAUCCCUGGCUACCCCUGGGCAGUAGGCCAGGAAGGGUAUCUGCCUAAUAAAGACCCACUGCACUGA